UUCUGAGGCCCGCGCUGCUUCACCCUACGCCGCGGACCGCCCCGAGGACUCAGCAGAGGUUGUGAGCGGCGGUGGGCUCCUACGGUCGGCGGGUUUCCGCCGUGUGCGGCCGGGCUCCGCGCAGCCGCCACCGUGGCCCAUGGGCAGAGUCGGCCAGGCAGGCCGACAUUAGACUAAAAAGAUGUCCCUGUAUGAUGACCUGGGAGUAGAGACCAGUGACUCAAAAACAGAAGGCUGGUCCAAAAACUUUAAACUUCUGCAGUCUCAGCUUCAGGUGAAGAAAGCAGCUCUCACUCAAGCAAAGAGCCAGAGGACAAAACAAAGUACAGUCCUUGCCCCAGUCAUUGAUCUAAAGCGAGGUGGCUCAUCAGAUGACAGGCAAAUUGUGGACACACCACCACAUGUAGCAGCUGGCCUGAAGGACCCUGUUCCCAGUGGGUUUUCUGCAGGGGAAGUUCUAAUUCCCUUAGCUGAUGAAUAUGAUCCUAUGUUUCCUAAUGAUUAUGAGAAAGUGGUGAAGCGCCAGAGAGAGGAACGACAGAGGCAGCGGGAGCUGGAAAGACAGAAGGAAAUAGAAGAAAGGGAAAAGAGGCGUAAAGACAGACACGAAGCUAGUGGGUUUUCAAGGCGACCAGAUCCAGAUUCUGAUGAGGAUGAAGAUUAUGAGCGAGAAAGGAGGAAAAGAAGUAUGGGAGGAGCUGCCAUCGCCCCGCCUACUUCUCUUGUCGAAAAAGACAAAGAGCUACCCCGAGAUUUUCCUUAUGAAGAGGACUCAAGACCUCGAUCACAGUCUUCCAAAGCUGCUAUUCCUCCGCCAGUAUAUGAGGAACAGGAUAGACCAAGAUCUCCAACUGGGCCUAGCAACUCUUUCCUUGCUAACAUGGGUGGUACAGUAGCACAUAAGAUCAUGCAGAAGUAUGGCUUCCGAGAAGGCCAGGGUCUGGGGAAGCACGAGCAGGGGCUGAGCACCGCAUUGUCAGUGGAGAAGACCAGCAAGCGGGGCGGCAAGAUCAUUGUGGGUGAUGCCACGGAGAAGGGCGAGUCUCAGGAUGCAUCCAAGAAGUCAGAUUCAAAUCCAUUAACUGAAAUACUUAAGUGUCCUACUAAAGUGGUCCUACUGAGGAACAUGGUUGGUGCAGGAGAGGUAGAUGAAGACUUGGAAGUUGAAACCAAGGAAGAAUGUGAAAAAUAUGGCAAAGUUGGAAAAUGUGUGAUAUUUGAAAUUCCUGGUGCCCCUGACGAUGAAGCAGUACGAAUAUUUUUAGAAUUUGAGAGAGUGGAAUCAGCAAUUAAAGCUGUUGUUGAUCUGAAUGGGAGGUAUUUUGGUGGAAGGGUGGUAAAAGCAUGUUUCUACAAUUUGGAUAAAUUCAGGGUCUUGGAUUUGGCGGAACAAGUUUGAUUUUAAGAACUAGAGUCAUCUCUGAUGAUCCUUAAAUGAGCUGCAGACUGAGCAAAGACAGAAAAAGGCAAUGGCCUCUGUGGCUGUUGAAUACUGAGACUCUUGGAAGGACUUCUAAGAUAUAUGUUGAUUGAUUUCUUUUUUAUUUUG